AAGAGGGUCAUUGGUGACGUCAUCAAAACGCGACAGUCAUAACAGCGGUCCUCACCAGCUUCACUAAACGAAGGAGCCCCAAACAAGCCACUUUCCAAAGAUGACAGCCUCUACUCAAAGGACAGUGUUGUCGUUGUACAUGCGAGUCUUUCGCAUCGCUCGAACCUGGCAAGCACACAGUGGAGCGGCAAGUGACACGCUGACCGAGAGGAAAUACAUACGUCAGGAGGCACGCACUUUGUUCAGACAGAACCAGCAGGUGACGGAUCAAGAAGCCAUAAAAAGAUGUAUUGAAGAAUGUGAAGCAAGGAUAGAACUAGGUCUACAUUACAAGAACCCAUACCCAAGGGCUACCUACCUCCCACCAAUGGGACUGGCCACUCAGAAAGGCAGGAAGCUGCGAACGCAGCAACGCCUGAGGAAGCAGGCCAAGCCAAUUUACUUAAAGUCACAUGAUGAGACCUGAUGCUCCUCCAUCACCGCUGAGUGUUCAUGUUACAGAAGAAAUGGAAAAACUUAAGUGCCAUCACGAGAUGAUCUCAUGGGGCUGAUGUAUCGCCGCCACGCACGGACCACGCUUCAUUCAUGAUAAAGACACUUGUAUAUUAUCUUUUUAACAUUCUUUAAAAUGUUGUGCCAGUCAAGAGCUUUUGUAUAGUCAUCAUUUAUUAUUUUGUAUGUUUUUUUAAAGGCUGACUGAAGUCAAUCUGCAAAAUAGGUAUAUGUCGUUAUUAGAAAAUAGGAAGAGUAUGUAAAUUCACAGAAAUGCACUGAAAAAACACUCAGAAUACAGUCUAUGUCAUUUUAAAAAGGUAAUAAUUACGUGAGAAUAAAGUCAUUCAAUUCCAAUUGAAAUCUUCAUGAGAAAUUAUUUGGAAUUCCAUGCCAAUAUAGUGAGCAUAAAUGGGUACCUACAUUACUAAGAUUCUUCCUGGACUUUGG